AUGGCGGCGAUUCCUGCGCAUCAAAUUCUCCCGAAUCGAAGUCAGGAUGUACUCGCCAUCUACAGUCAGCUGGACAGCUCGGCUGCAGAGAUACGCGUGCUGAAGCUGUCACCAUCGGACAAUUUUGCUGCGCCUAUCAAUUGCAACCUCGUCCAUGUUCAGCUUAAAAGCGACGCAAUCGAAGAGUAUGAAGCCUUGUCGUAUGUAUGGGACGAGCCGCAUUUUGUCCACUCCAUUACGCUCAACAGCAAGCCUCACCGAAUCACCAAAAACCUCGAGCUGGCAUUGCGAUACCUCCGAUCGGCCAGGAGGGAACGCACACUAUGGGUUGAUGCUCUCUGUAUUAACCAGAGGGACCUCAGGGAACGAAGCAAGCAGACGCAGCUCAUGAAGCAGAUCUACUCACGCUCCCAAGUCGUUCUCGCAUGGCUGCCGACCUUCAACUCCAUCGUCACCAAUGACGACCUUGCUUGGUCCUCAGACGAUCAUUUGAUCGUCCAAGAAGCCAAGUCCGACAUCAGGAUCAUGGGCGAGGCUAUGGAAUUGACCAGACGGAUCUGCCUACGCGACUAUGGAACCCUUCUUCACAUGCACGCCACCUUCCUCCGUGCUGGCGAUGAGUUCGAUAUUCCUGCGCUCCGUCGUGGCAAGGAUCCCCAGGCUGUGCAUGCACAAUCUCAGUAUUUACCCAUUGAUGCCCCAUUUCUCCUAGACAGAGAGCAAUCGGAGCUCAUGCGCCGUCUAUUCGUCAAGCCUCCUUUUUGGAAACGGCUUUGGAUCAUGCAAGAAAUGUCACUUGGCCGUCGGCUCGUUCUGGUUGCCGGACACCAUGAGCUGAGCUGGCACUUCAUCAGCCUUUUCCUCAGGGAUGCUCACUACUCCAACGCCUUCCACGCUUCCCCCGACUACAAUUAUUUACCCAAACUGCUCAACUAUGUUUUUGCCAUACCGCUAAAGAUUGAGUACCAACGCUUCAUCCAACAGAAGUCGGCAAGGCGGAAGUGCCUCCCACCAACUCUCCUAGACGUGCUUAUGCGUUUCGCGGAAAGCAAGGCAACGGACCCCAGAGACUACGUCUAUGGUGUUCUCGGCCUUGUGAAUGACAGGCUCGGCAUUCAGGUGAACUACUACAACUCGCAGUCCACCGUAUUCACAGAGACCGCGCUUGCCAUCAUCAACAGCACAAAAACUCUUGACCUCAUUUGCCAGACAGCCUGGAGAUCACGCCAUGAUCCGGACAGAGCUCUGCCUUAUUCGGUAGCGUCAACUCGCCUUCCAGGCUUGCCCUAUUGGGUACCUGAUUUCGCCAACAGCCUGGGUUUCCAUCAACAUGAGACGCUGCUCUUCGGCCAGAAAGGGAUAUAUGCGGCUGCAGAAACCAGCGGCAAACCUUUUCAAGUUUUUCAUAACAAGUACCUGGGGGUGAUGGCUACCGUCAUCGGCUCAAUCUCUCGAGAUGUCAUGAAGGAUGAAAACGACAUCAUGCGCAAAGGCUUAUACUGCCAGGGAAGCUAUCCUUUUGGCGCCGCCAUACAAUUCUGGAACACCGAGUUGCGCCAAUGGCUCACGAACGCUGGCCUCGAUCUGGCGAGGCUCGAAUGCAACGAGCUGUAUGCGCUGACGGGCGAGACCUUGGUUCGAGCCCUUUGGCGAACAUUGACGACGGAUUGUAUCGCGUAUCCUGUUAGGCGAACCAAGAACGAGAAGAGGCCGACAAUGGAUCGCAUCUUUAGAGGGAUUUUGAAGGGCCACUCCCAAGUGCCUGUAGCUGACGACGAUUCUGCCAACCAGAAAAUGGGCUUUUGGUCAGAGAUAAUGCCCCAACACCACGAAAUGAUCCGACGCAUCAGCCAGAAUUGGACUUUUGCCGUCACCAGAAACGGAUUGUUCACCAUGAUGCAGCAGGCUCAGCCGGGAGACGUCAUUGCAUGUGUGAGGGGAGCGAGAGUCCCCCUUAUACUACGUCCAAGAGACCUACUUCUCGGCAGAGAAGUAUACACCUUUGUCGGGACCGCCUAUGUCCAUGGGUUCAUGGAUGGCGAAGCUCGUAAGUUGGUGAAGGAAGGUCGGCUGUUUGAGAAGGGAGUGCUCCUCAACUAG